AUGUCCGCUCCGCUCCCCUCUCAGCCUCCUCCACCGCUCGCCGCCGCCUCCGCCUCGUCCUCUCCUUUCUCCUCCUCGCCGGCUGGGCGAUGAGCCCCGCGACGAGGAGAGAGAGACGAAGACGACGACGACGAGGAGGACGAAGAGGACGAGGAGGAGAGAGACGAGGAGGAGGAGGAGAGAGACGAAGAGGAGGAGCGAGAGAGAGAGCCCACGGGGAGCUCAUGGCGAGACUCGCAGACUACUUUGUCGUUGUGGAAUACGACGAGGCCGGCAGCAAAGGCUGCGGUGAUGGCCGGGGCAAGAUCCUCCAGCGUUUUCCUGCCAAGGAGUGGGAGGACGCGCCAUUCCCGCAGGGCCUCGAGCUGUUCUGCCAGCCGAGCGGAUGGAAAACGAGCACCGAGAGGGUUCCGCCCUCGUUCUUCGUGGUGGUGCUGACGGACAUCAACUCGGAGAGGCACUACUGUGCCUGCCUCACCUUCCAGGAGCCCUUCCUCGAGCCCAGCGCGGGGAAGACGUCAGAUGACAGUGAUGGAGAGGAGGAGGAGCAAGAGGAAGUGGAUGACACAGGUCUCGUGAAGCCGGCACAAGUGUUUGCUCCCAAGAGCCUUGUCCUGGUCUCGCGACGGGACUGCACAGAAAUCUUCAGGAACUGCCUGGGGCUGCUGUACACGGCGCACACGGACAGCCUGCGCGUACCCCUGGAGACGCUCGUGGGGAACCUGUUGUCAUGUGUGGUGCCCACGGCAGGCGGAGCGCAGAAACUCUUCUCGCUGGGGGCGGGAGACAGGCAGGUCAUCCAGGCGCCACUCAACGACACCCUCCCCAUCACCGGGAGCAGCGUCGCCAUUCUUUUCCGGCAGCUCGGGAUUCGCCAUGUCCUCAACCUCUUCUGUGCCGCCGUCACGGAGCACAAGGUGCUGUUCCACUCGAGCAGCUACCAGCGGCUGAGCGAUGCGUGCCGCGCCAUGCUGGCGCUCAUGUUCCCGCUCAAGUACAGCUAUCCUUACAUCCCAAUCCUGCCAGCCCAGCUCCUGGAGGUGCUGAGCACGCCCACGCCGUUCAUCAUCGGUGUUCACUCCAUGUUCAUCAACCACCUGCCCGACCUGCUGGACGUGAUCGUAGUGGAGUUGGACGGAGGCACGGUGGCCGUUCCCGAAUGCGUGCACCUCCCUCUACUGCCCGAGCCCCUGCUGCAACAAACCCUGACGGCGCUGUCCAUGGUGUUGAACCCAGACCUGGGGGUCGCAGACAAUGCCUUCCCACCCUCCUGCAUUGCCUGCUCGCCCCUCGACAGACUGGACAAGGAGCUGCGUGCCAUCUUCCUGCGUCUGUUCGGACGCCUACUGCAAGGCUACCGCUCGUGCCUGCAGCUGGUGCGAGUGCAGCCCACGCCCGUGCUGCGCUUCCACAAGUCAGCGUUCUUGGGCCAGCGGGGCCUUGUGGAGGACGACUUCCUGUCGCGGCUGCUCGAGGGCAUGUCCUUCGCCACCUUCAUCUCCGACAGGGGCCCCCCCUACCGUCCCUGCGACAUCUUUGACGAGCUGGUGGCGUUUGAAGUGGACCGCAUGCGGGCGGAGGAGGGCGACCGGAGGAAGACGCUGAAGCACGUGAUGGAGCUGGCUCAUCAGCUGUACAGCAACGAGAACCCCAACCCGCACCUGUCGCACCACAAGGUGCCCCGCCCCACAGACGGCGCCCACCUGCGCCUGCACCAGCAGCCGUUCCCGCCGCUCGCCGCGGACGCGCUGGAACGCGCCGCCGCGGACGCGUCCUCGCGCCAGCGCAGCGCCACCCCGGCCAGCGCGCGCAUCGAGAGGCGUGCCGUGGUGCCCGCGGGGCCGCCCGCUGCGUCUGCGCUGGACAGGAGCGGCGUGUGCGCCGUGCUGAACAGCGCCCGGCGGCUGGAGGUCAUCAAGAACUGCAUCACCUAUAUCUUUGAGAACAACUUGCUGGAGGCCAAGAAGGCGCUGCCGGCCGCCCUGCGAGCGCUCAAGGGCCGCUUGGCGCGCCAGGCCUUCGCCCAGGAGCUUGGCUCGUACGCGCAGCAGCCACGCACCGUGCUCGACCACCAGCAGUUCGACUACGUCGUGCGCAUGGUCAACUGCGCCCUGCAGGACUGUUCUUGCAUGGACGAAUAUGGGGUGGCAGCUGCCCUGCUUCCCAUCACCUCCGUUUUCUGUAGGAAGCUGAGCCCGGGCGUGGUGCAGUUUGCCUACACGUGCGUGCAGGAGCACCCGGUGUGGACCAACACGCAGUUCUGGGAGGCGGCCUUCUACAACGACGUGCAGAGAGACAUCCGCGCCCUGUACCUCCCGCAGCCUGACAGCGAGGACCGCUCGGCGCUGGACGUGGCCGCCGAGCGGCUGCGCUCGUGGCGCCCGGUGGGGGCGGAGCGGCGGCGCGAGGAGGAGGCGGCGGAGGAGGGCGUCGUGUUCAGCCAGGCGGUGCAGUACGCGCACCGCAUGGCCUGCCUGCUCGUGCCGCUCGACACGAGCCGCGGACGUGGCCUCCUGCGCGCCAGCGGCACCUGCGACGGAGAGAGCGGCAGCAACAGCGUGCCCACCAACAGCGUGGGGGGCAGCGUGGGCGAGAGCUUCGACAUGGAGAGCGGCUUCGAGGAGGCGGACGGCGCCGACGUGGCGGGGACCGUGACGCGCUUCGUGAUGCGCUUCGCCGACAAGGUGUGCACCGAGUGCGGCGUCACCAACGAGCACGUCCGAGCGCUGGACGCCAUGCUGCCCGGGAUCGUCGCCCUUCACUUAGAGUCCCUGGAAGCUGUUCACCGGGAGAGCAAGCGCCUGCCGCCCAUUCAGAAGCCCAAGAUCGUGCGCCCGCUGCUGCUGCCCGGCGAGGAGCUGCUCAUGGAGGGCCUCCGCGCCGUCCUGCUGCCCGACGGGCGCGACGGCACGGCGGGGGGCCGCCUGCUGGGGGGCCCCCCGCUCCUGCCCGCCGAGGGAGCCGUCUUCCUCACCACCUACCGCGUCAUGUUCCGUGGGGCGCCCAGCGACCCCCUGGUGGGCGAGUACCCGGUGGUGCGCAGCUUCCCCGUGUCGUCGCUCACCAAGGAGAAGCGCAUCUCGGUGCACGCGCAGCUCCACCAGGACGUGCACGAGGGCCUGCAGCUGCAGUCGGCCACCUUCCAGCUGCUGAAGCUGGGCUUCGACGUGGAGGUCAGCUCGGAGACGGUGGAGGGAUUCCGGCGGCACCUGGCACGCCUGCGAUUCCCCCCCUCGGCGCUCGCCACGUUCGCCCUGUCGCACUGCGCCGGCUCCGCCCAGAGCCUGACCCUGAAGCCCAAGGAGAAGCACAACCAGUCGAUCGUCUCGAUAUCAAAGAACAUCGUGAGGAACGCCAAGGCUGGGAUGAGGACCAUCGGCUUGCAGAUCCCGACCAAGAAGAAGCUGGGCAUGCAGCCCGGCCAUUGCUUGCCCGUCAUGCAGGAAGACGACACACUCUCCAUUUCCGAGGAUGGCGAGCCUCCCGAGGGCAGCCCCACGCUGCGGCCGGAGCGCGCGACGCUGGAGCGGCGCUCGGAGCGCUUGUGCUGCCUUGACUACCAGCGCCUGGGCCUGGGCACGCUCAGCAACAGCCUGAACCGCGCCGGCACCGAGCCCUUCCGCAUCACAGCCGCCAACCGCCUCUACCACCUCUGCCACAGCUACCCGGGGCUGCUGAUCGUGCCGCAGGCGGUGAGCGACGCGGCGCUGCAGCGCGUGUCUCGCUGCUACCGCCAGGGCCGGCUGCCCGUGGUGUGCUGGCGCCACCCACGCGCCCGCUCCGUGCUGCUGCGCUCGGGGGGGCUGCAGCAGAAGGGGGUUGUGGGAGGCCUCUUCCGCAACCCCAGCCCCCACGGCAGCGGAAACGGUGGCCUCGGUCCGGCCUCGUCCGAGUCCUCUGCGAGCCUGGAGCAGGAGAAGUACCUGCUGGCCAUCAUGGCCACCAUGCCAGGGGCGGCCGCGGAGAUCUGGGGUCGCGGGGUCACCGUCCGCGGGUCCCAGGCCAACCACGACGCCGCGAAGUGGGGCAGCCUGCGCGUGGGCCGUCGCUUCACCAGCAGCAGCAGCACAACCAGCGGCAGCAACCAGACGCUGAACCAAACUCCGGCCGAUUCGGCGACCACCACCACCACCACCCCGCCACCCGGCACGCCCCGCCUGGACGUGCGCGGCAAGACCUCCGGCGGCCGCGACCCUCACCAGCUGCCGCUGAGCAUCCACAAAGCGGCGCUCUACGUCGUGGGAGACAAGGCCCAGCUGAAGGGCUGGCGGAAGGAGGGCCUGGUGGCGAUGGAGACCAUCCCCGUGGAGAUGGCCGACCUGUCUGCCACGCGCAGCAGCUUCCGCAAGCUGCUGCACGCCUGCUGCCCCAGCUCCGCGCCCACGGACGGCGGCUCCUCCGCCUUCUUGACGGCGCUGGAGCAGUCGGAGUGGCUGCCACAGCUGCAGCGCCUCUUGCAGCUGAGUGGCCUGGUCGUGGAGCUCCUGGAGGGAGGGUCGUCCGUCAUCGUGGGCCUGGAGGAUGGCUGGGACACGACCACGCAGGUGGUGAGCCUGGUGCAGCUGCUGAGCGACCCGUUCUACCGCACGCUCGACGGCUUCCGACUGCUCAUCGAGAAGGAGUGGCUGGCGUUCGGGCACCGCUUCGGGCAGCGCAGCAACAUGGGCGCGGGCGGGCAGAGCGCCAACUUCACCCCCGUCUUCCUACAGUUCCUCGACUGCGUGCACCAGCUGCAGUAUCAGUUUCCCACGGAGUUUGAGUUCAACGAUUACUACCUACGGUUCCUCGCCUACCACCACGUCUCCAACCGCUUCCGUACCUUCCUGCUCGACUCGGACUACGAGCGCAUCGAGCAAGGCGUGCUGUACGAGGAGAAGGGCGCGCGCUCGUGCGGGCAGUCGCUCUGGGAGUACGUGGACUCGCUGCACCGCAGGGCGCCCCUCUUCUACAGCUUCCUCUACUCCCCCGGCGAGGACAGCGAGGUACUGCGCCUGUGCUGCUCCACGGCCGCGCUGCACCUCUGGGGCUACUACACCGGCGAGGCUCUCAGGGAGGGGCCCCCCUACGACCCCGAGCUGCUGCCCGAGGCGGGGCACGGGGCGGAUGAGUGGGCCCCCGACGGGGCGCCGGGGGGGGGCGGCUGCGGCACGGCCGUGGCCCAGAGCGGCCGGCGCACGCUGUGGUGGGGCUACGACGGGGUGGCGCGGACUCAGCCCGAUGGCAUCACCGCCAUGCUGCAGGAGAUCCAGCGGCUGGAGACGGCUCUGGGCCGCACGGGCGAGCACUGGAAGGAGACCUGGGACCGCGCCAGGGCCAAGGUUCCCCACACCUCCCCGAAGGGCUCGCUCGUGCCGUCGGGGGCCCCGUACUCGCGUCCCUCUCUCGGGAGCGUGGGGGCGUCGCUCAAGGCCCUGGAUGCCCCUUUCGGGGACCCGGCGGGGCACGGAGACGGGGACAGCGUUGCGUCGUGGGCCCCGACGUCGUCCGACAUGGACGAGCCGCAGCCGCCGCUGACCCCCGACGUCGACUACUACUCUGGCUUCCCCAUUAGCGACUCGGAGCAGAGGUCAUACGAAGGUGUUCUCUACAAGCGAGGUGCCCUUCUGAAGGGCUGGAAGGCGCGCUGGUUUGUGCUGGACAAAACGAAACACCAGCUGCGCUACUACGACACGGCGGACGACCAGCACUGUAGGGGCGAGAUCGACCUGGGGGACGUGGAGUCCGUGACUCCGGCCACUGCCACCCUGGGAGCCCCCAAGAACAUGGAGGACAAGGCCUUCUUCGACGUGCGCACGACGAAGCGCGUGUACAACUUCUGCGCCCAGGAUGCCGCGUCGGCGCAGCAGUGGAGCGACCACAUCCAGGGCUGCCUCUCGGACGCGUGACCUUCCCCCCACCCACCUCACCAAGCCGAGCUCCUCCCUCGCGUCCCUAGCGAGGAACCCCCGUGGUAAUUAACGAGCCGGUGAAACCGCUCUCCGUGCUGCAGGCCCAGCGUGGCCCAGAGCGCGAGAGGACGGGCAGUCGGUGUCACGGUGACUUCUGACUUUUAAGAACGCUUACAUUUAUUUUCACACUCUGCCUCCCCGUGUCCACUGCCGUCCGUCCUUCGCCUGUGAAUGAGACGGGCGGGUGACACGAGUGCAGAAAUGAUCGUCAGGCUGAUGUUCGUUUUGCGAAUGGGCACGGGAAGCGACCCGUUCGCUGGCGCUUUUCAGGUGUAACAAAAAUGUGACACAAUUUGCACGUGUUCACGCUAGCCUCAAUCCCACACAACUGGAUCAAAAGCCACGAUCAGCCUCAAGCUUCCCUCCACCGACAUCCGCGUAAGACAACGCCAGGUUGAGUCGGCGAAUCGGUGGGCAGGAAACUAAAAGACGAGUGUCAUUUUAUUUUUCCAACACGCGUUUGAUUUUUCCUAGAAACGAUGAUAAAAAAAAACUGCUGUUUUCGCAGGCAUAACAAUUUUUUUUUUCGCUCGUGUUGAAAACUUUGAAUGUUUUGUUGAAAAUGCAUGUAAGAUGUAGGUGCUAGAUGGUGCACGAAUACCCCCACACAUUAGCCGACAGUGCAGAUUAGGCUUUUUUUACCGCAAUUGCUAUUAAUCUAUAAGGCACACAUUUAAAUAUGACGGUUGCAUCGUUCCUGAUGUUUUUCUCCCGAGGCCAAAUUUUCAAGUUUCACAAAGACAUAUCGGCUGUCCUUAAAUUCAGUGCAGUUUACCUUUUAACGAGGACAAAUUAAACUUUAACUUAAUGAGAAGUAUCUUUUUAGCAUACAUUUACUACAAUUGUGUAGCAUUUGAAAAAGUGGUGGGUUCUUUUAGACACACGUACUUAUUACUGAAGUUUGCAUUAAACUGACUUUGCACUGAUUCUUACUUUUGGAUGUUUAUUUUAGGUGAGAUUGAUGAAGUUACAGUGCAUUGUACAUUUCAGCUUAGCAGCCUCUGCAUCUUGUGUGUAGAUUUUAUCGUGUAUAUAUUACGUGAAAUGUACACGUCAAGCGGGUGGCCGUGUGUACGUUUGCGAACCGGGAAUUCAAAGCGUAGCACAUUCGCACAAGACUUGCGGUUCACGAUCUUACAUUAGGAUUUUUUUUGGGUGUUCAUAUUCCCCCCUCUCAGUACAGUUUUGGGUACUUAUACGUUCGCAGUUCUAACCUAGUGGGAGAAAUUCCACAUUCUCGUUCCACGACUCGGUAUUUUGGUAUUCGGUUUAGUUGAACGUUAACUCACAAACUUGGUAUUGUGAGUCACACACACAGUCCGCCGCCACCCCACGGUCGAGGUGUAUCAUUGCCGACUGCGUGCGGUGGUAAGUUACGAAAGAGUGCUAUUAUGGUAGUUCGAAGUAGUAGCAACGUUGUUCACAAAUGUCAACAUUUCAAUUUAUUGGACCACAUUGCGAAAAGCUACAUUUGUAAGUUUGUACGCAUGUGGAACAAUACGUUGUUCACAAAUGUCAACAUUUCAAUUUAUUGGACCACAUUGCGAAAAGCUACAUUUGUAAGUUUGUACGCAUGUGAAACAGUACAGUACAUUGGUGUCAAAAUAAGAUGUUGCCCUCCCAAAAAAAAGUCCACAAUUAUUUAUAAAUAAAAAGUUUAAAUAGUCUCGGAUAUAUAUGGUGAGUCAUAUGUUACUUCCCAAACUUGGCUCUGGUUUAAAUGUUUCUAUUCUGGACAAGCAAUUUAUGUCUCAUGCCAUAUAUAACUUUUUUAUUUGUAGUAGAUUAUCAAACACCAAAUUUCAAUGCGCUUCUGUUGUGUUAUUCAUUUACAACAAAGCUGUACUGGAAUCGGGUUUAAGGGAGGGAUUUUUUUUUACUUGAUGCUCAUCGAUUUCAGUUCUCAGGCAUAACUGCAGUCCAGCUUUCAUAUGAAACAUGGAUGAUACCACCCAUACUCGCUCAUGAGCAGCAGUUGGCAGGCUCAGUGAUGUGGCUGGGUGUAUAAAUUGUCAAAUAAAAUCGUGUUAGAACAAUUAUCCAGCAUUGCAGAGAACCUGGGUUCAAGUCCGAGUUUCAGCCAUAUGCGAUUAAAUCAGGUACCCUUGUGCAGCAGUGAGGCGGCAGCCUCAGACCAGUCAACAAUUACUGCAGUGGAAACAUCUUUGAAUCGUUUUUUUUCUCACUUAAUUUGGUUUAAAAAAAUCCUGUUUGGAGAAUCAACAAAUGAAUCUGAAGUUUGAUUGCCAUGAAAAUGAUCAGCUACAAAUAGAAGGGGGCAUGAAAAAGUGUGCCCCGAGUGUGUGAGUGAGAGGUCACUUUGAAGGGAUCCCAGAAGUGCUUCAGUGGUAUCACUUUCCACAGGCCUGCUCACAAUUGUUUUACUUAUUUCAGCAUUUAAACUGAGGUCGGAUUGCCAUACCAUCAGCACUCUUUGCAGGGCAUGUUAAGGGAUGCGGCACCUAGUGCGGAUAAGAAGUUUCGUGAAGUGGCUCCAAAAAAAGUCCCCGUAAAAUCAUCUUCUGGGGCCAUUAUCUGGUAGUCACUAACGUUACACCGCUCGCUCGCUCGUCCGUGAGAGUCCUGAAAAAGGAAUUUUCUUCAUCUCGCCCCAUGAGCCAAGAGCAUAAUUGAAAUAACAUUGCAGAUGAAUAGAAUUUAUUUUAUAUAAACAAUUGACAGGGCCACAAUAAAUACACACGUUUCAAGUACCCACAUUUUUGCAAAGCGCAGCAGUAGCUUUUACGCUUGUGCACCCCAAGUAUGAAUUCUGACUGGGCUUUUUGUAAGCUACUUAUAAUAAGUAAAAGAAAGACAGCGCAAUUGACACAGGGUUUGGGCGAUCGCCCAUUGCAGACAUGUGAUGAAAUGCCUCGGUCUCUCGUGGACAGCGACUGGGCACGCUUUGCGUUCUUGUGUAACGGUGGUUGUGUUUGAGCAACUUUGGUGGGAGCCCGUUGGUUGUUUAGAUCACAAUGGAAGCCGUUGUAUUUUCUCAGUUGUAUUUAAACGUUUGCAUGCUCGUUUUAUGGCUGACGUGUUUUUUAAAUGUAACGGUAAAUUAGCUAAAUAAUCGCAGUGCAUUUUAAUUAAAUAAAGAUAGCCAUUGCACAAGUGAACAUUUCAAAUGUGCAUUUAAAAACUAUAGUAAGAAUAGCAUUUAAAUGAUUUAGUAUUAAAAUUAAAUUAUUACAUUUGUUUUUACCUUCAAGCAAUGUGUUGCUCAACCGGAUCAGUGAUAACGGUAAUAACAGUACAACAGCUUGACUGCGGAGUUUUUUUUCUUCGCGAUUGUGCUAUCUAAGCUCUCCGAUGGCAUUUUCGGCUUGUACCGUGUGUUAUUCGGCACGAUAUCGGACGUUCCUGACGAAGCUCCCAGCACGCGGAACGAAACGUCGGGACAUCUUGCCGAACAUAACUCACGUGCGGGUGCACGACCCAAUAAACAUGUCAGAGAGAGUAAACGCAGCUUUGGGAAAACGACGCCCCAAAUAGAUUACCCCGCGUAAAAAUUACAUAAACCACGCAUCGUCUUUUCUAACGAGCCCUUAAACUGCACACAGCGGGGAGACCAUAUUUAGCCGAUUCGGAGUGAUUGUGACAUAGCAGCAUUGUGUGCCUUUUAUCAGUUCACCAGACCAAAGCGGGGCUUUGUUUAUAGAGACUCUAGACUCUGUGAACGCACUUUCACACAAGGGGUGACUCUUAUUCUUGAAAUGGUGGCCUGCGUGUUUCUGUUCGAAUGGAAGAGCUAUCGUCGCAGCACUCAUUUCUGCUGUUGGUCCCCAGUCGGCAGUGGGAAUUCCACAUUUCAAUGCAAGGGGCGGGCCCGUUUAUCCAUGGGAUUACCACAAUUGACUGACUGCCCACAAAGUCGUCCUCAUAUUAUCGUCCCUGGAAGGAUCAUGUGUUCAGCUGAUUCCGCGUCAGGUUUGAACUUGCAAAAUUCCGAUGGUGAGUUUAGCGCUCGGACCACAGCAAACACCCGGCCAUUUAUAAUCAUGGCUUCUAUCUCACCAGGAACAACACCAUGCUGGGUCUGGGUCUCCAGUCUGUAUAUGUUUCGCAUGUGAGAGGAAACCAAAGUUCCCAGAGAAAAAUAAUCCAAAUAGAUAGGUCAGAAACACACUUUGUGUCCAGCCCACAGUUUGCACCGCUGGUAGAAGAAAAGCACUGCCUUGUGUGAAACAGCAUUUGAAUACCGUGCAUCUUGACGUAAAAUACUCAGCUCGGCAUAGCAAUGCCAACUUGUAUUGAGACGAAUGCACAAGUGCUUGUACCAUGAUUAACACCUGUGAUCGUUUAAUAUGCUCGAGUUGUACCCGCGUGUUGUUCGACGCGAUGUCUGACGUUUCACUCCACUUGCCGAGAACUGCCGAAUCAGUUCUAGGUGUUGGGAUCUUCUUAUUCAGCUCCUGAUUAAGCUCCCAGCACUUGGGGGCAAAACGUUUGACAUUGUUCCGAACGACACGCGGUAACAACCACACAGAUCGGAAAUCUUCAUUCACUCCAUCAGCUGUAAAUAUGUAUCUGCUUAGGAUUCUGGGUAUUGGAGCAUUUGCGGCUAUCACUCGUGAACAUUGAUAAAGAAGGGAGAGGUAUUCUUCAUUCUUUGAUAGACAAAAGAAGGCCGGUUUUUAUUGUUGGUGGACGAAUUGGAGGUGUAUCGAUAUCACUUUAUGCAUAUGAAGGUUUGUCGCUGUGAUUAACGUGAUGGAUAUUGUGAAGGUAUAUUUAACGUAGUUGCUGUAUGUUCAUCUCAUUUUGAAAAAUUUACUUUUUUUGUUGUUUUACAAUUUUUGGGGUUUAAAUAUAUUUAGACAGCCAUUGUUUACAAAUUUAAAAUGUGUGCUUAUUUAUUUUGUAUUUCAGUCAUGUUUUUUUUUUAUUGUUCGUGGAGCAGAGAAAGUCAUUAAACACAAAACUGUUACAAUUUCAGAAACUGUAUUCCUGAUCAAAUGUUAUAACCAUGAUAGACACAGCCAUGUGAGAUAACGAUGGAAAACAUCUCAUUACUUGUCGCUGUCUAAAAUCCUUACUGAGAGCCUCGAUAAUUUUUUUUUCCCUCUCUGAAAUUAUUGGCCAAUGUCCUCAUGAUUAUAAUUCCACGGUGUUGGGUGGAAGCCCAGAGGUCUUGAGAUAGCCACACUUACGAGGAGGGAGCAAACACUCGGCAAAGCCACGCAGUUCGAAUAGAAAACCUAUUUGCUGUACCCCUUCCUUGUUCCCAGCAGAUGGGUGUAUUGUGCACAAGAUCCUAACAUGGUCCACCAAAAACCCACUUUUAGAUCACUUGAAUUAUAGAAUUGUGCUAUCACACCUGAUCGGUUUCAGUAACCACGAUGUCUCUGAAGGAGCUAUUUCACUAUUGGUAGUAUUACGAGUAAAUACAAAUAGAGUUUUGUAUCGCAUUUACACGAGUGUAGUCUGUAUUCUGUUUGUCCACGUUACACCGAGUUGUUCAACCACACGCGUUAAUGUCCUCUUUUGUCACAUUUUUAUUAAAGUAAGAAUUAACGGCUCUGAUUUUUUUAAAUGUUUUUUUUUUAAUGGCGUGCUGUACAGUACAACGCUGCUUGAUGGAACGCAAAUAUUAACACCGCUGUUCAGAACCCUGCUCGUCUGAACACUGCUAAUUUUCACAACGCUACUCCGGACAAUAAUUGUCCGACCCUGUGCUCUGAACAAUGCCGAUCUCGUAACACCAACGUUCUGAACGAUGGCUCAUCUGAACAACUUUAAUCGGAACAACUUUCACCGGAACAACUGUGAAGGUCAUAUAGCUCUCCAAUGUGCUUUUGGGUUCCCUACGUUGUUUGUUCGCCAUGAUGUCCCAACAUUUCACUCCACGUGCUGGGAUCUUGCAAAACUGAAUAUUUAGUGAAUAUUCAGUCUCUGUAAAAAAUAUUAAAUAAAUAUUCCAUUCCUGAAGAAGGUCCCAGCAUGUGGAACGAAACGUCGGGCAUCAGGUCAACAAACAACACACGGAACAUCCCGGAAACCCUUGGGGAAGCUUUUCUGAACACCAGUAAUCUGAAGAGUAAUAUUGUGAAUGAUGCUCGUGAUAGCACUGCUAAUAAGCUCAACUCUAUUCUGAACAACGUUAAUCUAAAUCCUAUCAAUCUGAACAAUGCUUACCUAAAUACGGUUAAUCUGAAUUGCACAAAGCUUGCCCCUGUAAAUUCUACGGGCAUGCCGCUGGGUUAGGUGCAUGGUAUGUGUGCAAUUUUGUCGAAGUAUUUUGCAGUGGAGGGUAACUUCUCACCACAAGAAAAGCCUAGGCCGGGAAGUGUUCAGUGCCAACUUGCCAAAUUGAUGGCGUUGUACUGCACAACGUCAACCAAAUACAUUAUGAAAGUCAAAAUGUCAACUUGCGCAUGUACGUGUGAAAUGAGUCGAUUCUGUUUAAAUGCAUGUGCUGUUAUUGUCUCUGUAAUCCAACAUCAUCUGUCAGUCUGGCCAAAUGUAUUUGGAAUCAGUUUCCAAAUAAGAUGGCAGGUGGCUUUGUCCCGGUUUGCAAAAAUACAUACUGUAUAUGAAACGAACAAAAGCAUAACUUUACUUGUGCUAUUGGUUGAACACUCUGUUACAUUUACCGUGAAUAUUUACUGUCAAUUUCGAGGUUAUUAAUACAUCCGUAGAAUAUGUUUUGUCAUUGUGAUAUAUUCUCGCCCUUAUAAAAUAGUUUGUCUUGAUGAUUUCACACCGUGUUAUAAAUAAUGUCCGUGGAUGUAUCUGUAUCGUGUCUGAUGCUGUGGUUAGAAUGCUCGCCUUGCGAGUUUAUGCUGGUCGGUGGUUGACUCAACCCCAUCAUUCCUCUGGAUUUAAUACAAGUAAGUAUCGCUUAGUGGGAAGUCAGGAAUGGCUGUCUUAUAGACAUUGAGCCCCCACCAUGCUAAUGUGGAAUUUCCACUGCUGGCCUAGGGCCAUUACUGGUGUUGAAUGCCACCCCCAUUGCUUGUUUGAGCAUGGACAAGCUUGCUUUUUUUGGUUCUGUGAAUUCUUAAAAUCCCCUGGUUUCCUGGCCAAAACUGGAAGUCUUUAUUCACGGCAAGUGUCACUUCCCAGAAUAAUCUUGAGUUGGCUAAAUUUGAAAACAUGCAAUGCAUUUUGUAAUGGUCGCAGGUCAAAUGACAUCUUUGGAUAGCGGUGCUUUGAAGCAUUGGCACGGUCACAAGGUGGCAAGCCGCCAACUGAAACCUUGGCCAGUGUUUACAAAGUCGCUUAUUGAAUUUCCAAUUAUAAGUAGGAGAAGUAGCAUAUGUGAGAAGAAAAAAACCCAAAUCCCCAUAGUUACAGCCAACGACCUAAAUUCUUAGAUCUCCAAUGCGUUUUUGGGUUGUUUCCGCAUGUUGCUGGGCACGAUGUCCGAUGAUUUUAUCCACGUGCUGGCAACUUCUUUAGGAACUGAAGCUCCCUGACACCGUGGAGUCAAACGCAUCGCGAAACACAUCAGAGUUAUGCAGCACAACUGCGACAACCUACUUGGUAGUACAAUUCAUAUUUCUUCUAAAUAUAUAUACAUCAGGUGUAAAUAUAUUGUCCUGGUCUUGAUAAAGAUUGGGUUCUUUUAGAUAUGUUUUUAUCCAUUUAAUUGCUUUUCUAUCUGGUUUGUUUUGCUCAAACUGCACUUUGUGGAGCAAAAAUCACAUUAGAAUCUCAGUGACUGGCAGUGUUGUUGAUUGUGCCCUGUAGUAGCUAAGAGAUCGAAAGCAUGUUUGCCGUUACCGGUGUCGCGGAGAGACCACGUCACAUGUUUCAUUUACCCUUUGCUAUUUUUGUCCAGUUUAAAAUUAUUUUUACUGUAAUGUUUACAUGUUUGUAAUGGUUGCUAUGGAAUGCAUUUUUUCGAGACUUGUGAAGGUUCAAACGAGUUCAAACGAGUUCCGUACGUGAAGCAGCUUUGUAUUAACAGGUGUACAAAAUAAAAUGGUAUCGUUGGUAUUGUA